GGUCUUUCCUUUCUUCGCUGUACUUUCGGGAGCUUUGGUCAAAUUUCUUGUGAUGCCUUGUCGAAUUAUUAAUAAUUAUUGUUCUAUUUAAUGCGUAUUACUUGUUUUUUUUUCGUGAUUAGUGAUCUAAUUUUGUGAUACCGUUAAAAAGUUAAACUUGAUGCGCUGUUUGUUCUGUUCGGCUAUGCUCAAUUCAAUUGCCUCUGACAAUUAUUACAGUCGCCAUUUUUGUCACGUUUUUGCAAUUUUGAUACAGCUUUAUCCAAAUUAAAUCGAAUAUACACGUAAAAAGUUAUAAUUGUAGCAUUUGUAAUCCAGUGAAAUAUCAAAAUGAGUGCGGAUCCCCCACCAAGAAAGGGCCGGAAGCAUCCUAGACCUGAAAAUGACGCCAAUAACUCAUUUGUCAGCAAUGUGAAAUCAAAAAUAUCAAGAUUACUACCAUCUACUAUUACAAAAUGGUUCUCUAGUCCAUGUUCCUCUGAUACAUAUGGGUCUGAUUCAGAAGAUGAAGGUCAAUACAUGCCAGAGGAACCGCCUGCUAAAAGAAUGCGCUAUAGCACACCAUCAUCACCAAACAAACCAGAAACUAAAACUACUGGCACUAAUACAGAACCUAUUGCAACAAUUAGUGAAUUAAACACUACUAGCACCAUAAAUUCAUUUAGACCAUCAAAAGUGUCAACACCUGUUUCAUCCCUUGUUAAAGAAGCAAUUGUCGAACAAGUUAUUGACCCAGCAGUACAUAAUUUGCAAAAUUCUUCUUCAAGCAAAAGUCAGAACCAAAACAUACAAAAACGAAAGUCACUGUUUGGAACACCAGUUACUGAUAAACCAUAUUAUUGGGAUAAACAGCAGUGUAGUCCACAACUUAAGAAACCAGCUUUAUUUAGUUCACCAUUUUAUUCUGGCUACACAAGGUAUGGUGGUGCAUCAAGUACUUACAUAAAUCAACCAAAUAUUACACACAAGAAAGAUGCAUUAAUUGGUAAAAAUUCAGGAAAUGAGACUGUUGAUGUUAGUUAUGCUACUAGACGUGUAAUGGAGUUACUGGAAAAUUAUUCUUCUCCAAUAAUAGAAGCUAAAAGGAUAUCACAAUUUGCAAAUACUAAUGACUCCUUGGAUAAAUCUCUGACAAAUAAUGCAUACAAAACACAAGAACUAUAUUUGCCGAAAUAUGCAGAAAUAUUACAACUUAAAAGAAGAUCUAAAUUAACAGCAACCACCAGUGCUGCCCGCCAACUAAUUGCUUCCCAUAGUAGCUCACAAGCCAUAGCACCAUAUCCAAUUCGAAAGAAGCAAAGUGACAAUCCACCAAACUUACCUACAACCAUUAAACCCAAGAUCAAAACUGUCGACCGUGAAGUUUCUACAGUUGCCAAAAAUGACAAUCCAGCUGUAGUUCAUCUUCCAACCGCUGUUCUACAAAUUGAUCAAAAUAAUUUACCUAAGUUUACAUUUGGCACCUCAGUGUCCCGUGAAAACAAUACAAAUGGAACUACUGCUCUCAAGACUGCUAGUCCUGCUAUUAGUACUACCACAGGUAAUACAGUGCCCACCAUUUCCACAAUAGAUGAGGAAUCCGGCCAUUGUAACAAAACUGAAGUUGUUAGAGAGCCGGAAAGUAUUAUAAACAAUAAUUCUUUUAAAUUUUCUAGUCCUGUUAUGAUAAAUGUUCAAACAGAAGAAAAUUCUUCUUUGCUUCCUAACUUUACAUUUGCUAGCCCAGAUGGGCAGAUAAUAGGGCAGGAAGAGAACACAUCUCUUUCUAUUACAAAUAAUAAAUUAAAACCAGGAGAACAAGCUCAAACUUGGAAAUGUAAUGAUUGUUGGGUUUCUAAUAAAGCAGCCUCUGACAAAUGUGUUUGUUGUAAUGGUGCUAGACCAUUAAGGGCUGAUAGCAUAAUAAAGCACCAAUCUACGAGUGAAAUUGCUUUAAUCGGGGGACAUUUAGAAACAUGUACAGAUUGUGAAAAAAAUAGUAUACAUGAAUCUAGAUCGAAAAGUCAGGAUUGUUGGAUUAAGUGGGUGGUCAAUGACAAAGGGAAAGACAAUAGCAUUUUUUCUGUUACUACCAAAUCUCAAGAAAUUACACCAUGUGUUACAUCGAAAGCUGAGAACGUUGUUAGUGAAUGGAAAUGUGAAGUUUGCUGGGUAAAGAAUAAAAUUACCGCUGAUAAAUGCGUAGCGUGUGGUGGAUCAAAGCAAACUCCAGCAGAACUUAUGGAUGAAGACAAUGAAAAGCCAAAUGUUCCAAACAUUCAGGCAAGUGAUACUUCUACUAUAACAAAUAUCAUGAACUUACAAAAUGAUCAAUGGGAAUGUACGGUCUGCUUGGUUCGCAAUGAUAAAAAUAAAGAUAUAUGCGUCUGCUGUGAUUCACAAAGACCUGGCAAAAUAAAAGAAAAUGAUGGGAAACAAUUCAAAUUUAGCAGUGCUCAAAAUACAACUUUUAAAUUUGGAAUUGAACCUACUCAAAAUGUUCUAAAACCAAAAGAAAUAAUUGACACCAUGUCUAGUCCACAAUUAAUUACACCUGUUAAAGAUGCUGAAAAGAAUAAUAAUCUAUUACCUAGUUUUUCUUCCACAUUUACCUUUCGUGCACCAAAACUGAUGGGUGCUUCUGAGGAGGGAACAAUUGUAGAAGAUUCUCCAAAACAAACAUUCACAUUUGGAGUUACAAAAUCAAUUGCACCAUCAACACCUAUUAUCACUAAUCUUUUAACCAUCUCGACUGAAGCAAAUACAUAUUCUCCUAAUUUAAUAGAGAUUGAUGAAAAAGAUGAAAAAGGCCCAGAAGGUCUGAAUAUAGAAGAACCCAAUGUAACUCAGCCUCAAAAUACAGAAAAGACAGGCGGUUUAUUUGGCAUUCCAUCAAAUGCUCAUACAGUGACUACAACUGCAUCAGAGGUAGGAAUCUUUGGACAAGAAGCACUAAAUGUUAACAAUAGACAGGCUGUUCCAUCCACAACCACAACUGCAGUAGAUGUCAAAGUUUGUGAAAGUACUUUCAGCUUUUCAGCUUCUACCGUCAAAACAGGAUUACAAUUAUUUUCUGCUCCAACUACGACAGUUUCUGCAAUUCUGUCCACACAAACAUCUUCCCCUAUUUCUUUCUUCCAAAAAAGUGAACCUGUCAGUAUGUCAUCAAUAAAUUUUUUUUCUAAAACAGAACCAAUACCUUCAUCAUUACAAUUAUUUAAUAAAAGUGAAAUAACAACCACAGUUACGGCGUCACCGCUGUCUAGUGUGCCAGUAUUUAGUUUUGGUGCCAGUAAUCAAGUUACACAAGCAGAGAAGCCAAAGUUUAAUUUUACCUUUGGAAAUAAACUGGAACAACCCUUAUUUAGUUUACAGACAUCAAAUACUGGCAAUCAUUUACCAAGCAACGGAUUGCCUAGUGCAACAACCAAUACUGUCACAUCUGGAUUAUCUAAUACUGUUACAUUUGGAUUAUCUAAUACUAUUACAUCUGGAUUGCCAGCAGAAAAGACUGUAGGAGGGAUCUCCCUGCCUUCAAAUUCAUUAUCAUCAGGAGCUUUGGUUGGAACAGCAAAGAAUGGAAACCCAAUGUGGCCAACAAGUUAUCAACUGGAUGCAAUUAAAAUGACUUCAGAAAACAACUUAGACCAAACUGUUAACAACUUACCAGCAAUUCAAUCUGGUAAUCCAUUUGCAUUGCAAACAAAAAAAGAUAAUAAUAGAUGGUCUUUGAACCAAAAUAGUUCUAAUAACAAUAUAGGGUCGCUUCAACUGCCCAUGGGAAACAAUUUGGAUGCACCUAAUAAUUCGGUUGGGGCAUCGUCGGGAGGAAUUUUCGGAGCGCUAGAAAAGAAAGAAAAUGUGUGGUCAUUAAGUAAUAACAAUUCUAAUAUAUUUUCACCGAAUACUGGUUCGAAUAAUGUGCAAAAGUCUAUAAACUUUUCUUUUGGCCCAUCUAUGCAAAUGAGUUCUUACAAUACACCUACGCCAACUUUCGGUACUUUCGCACAACCAACACAAAACAUCUUUGACAUGUCAAGCCAAGGAAACAAUAAUAAUAAUCAGCCUGAUAUGUUUUCACCUGGAGUACAAAGCCAAAGUACUCCGAAUUUAUUUGGAAACCAGGCGGUUAACAAUAACGGAAAUUCAGUGGGAAUGUUUGGAACAUUGAACACAAGUGGCUCAAUGUUUGGAUCAGUCAACCCUUCAAUAUCGACUUUUGAAGCUCCGCCAUCGAACCCUGUUCCUACACCAACAUUCAAUUUUGGGACACAACAAGUUCCCGGAGUAUUUGGAUUUGGACAGCAACAACCGCAGACACAAGGAGGAGUAUACAACUUUGGAGCCCAGACAACGUCCCCAGCAGCACCCAGACGAUUCAAUAUUGGCACUGCGGGUACAACCUUAAAUACUACUGGCAGACGACCAAUGAGAAGAGCAGUUCGACGAAAUUUCCAACAGUAAAAAUCUACUAUAAACUUAUGAUAUAGCCUAAAAUAUAAAACUAAAAAUAAAAGUACAUGUAAAAUCACACCUCUUAAGUGUUUAUGCAGUAUUUCUCUAAGUUAUAACAACAGUAAACUGAUAUAUAAGAAGCAGGAAAUAUUAUGAUUUAGUCGGAAAAGUAGGACAUUAUUUUUUUAUAAUAUAAAUAAACUUAUUAAGAAUCAUGUUAAGAGAGUAUGAUAUAUUUAGCUUAAGCUUUAAAUGAUGUGGUUUUUGUAUACAAUACCAAAAACUAUACACAAUGUUUAUAUUUUAUAUAUAUUAGUGUUGCUUGAAAAAUAGUACUGACUUGCCAACAGAAAUGUUUUAAGUUGUUUGACAUGCCUAAAUCAGAAAUAUUGUAGGCUUUUUUUUAUUUAUGUUGACGUGAAAAGUUUUUUUUUUAUAUUGUAGCUCUUUUGUAUUUUCAAGCAAUACUAACAUAUAACUAAAAUAACAAGGAUUAAUAUUAAAUGUGUUGAAUACGCCUGAACUGAAAAUGUAGGCUUUUUUUGUUUAUAUUACACAUAUUAUUAUCACAUACUAGUAUAGUCUUGACUUUAUUACUAAAGGUACGAAAGGAAAAGUAUUGUGUUAGCAUUGUUAUCAAUGUCUUAUGCGAUUUUGUCUCAGUUCUUAGUCUUUGUAUUUUUUUAUAAUUAACGAUAAGAAAUUGUUUAUUUUGUUACCCAGCUUUAUUUUUUCUUUCAUUUAUAGGUACUCUUAUUCUUUAUUUGUGUUUACUAUAUAUAAUGUUUUGUUUAUAUAAAUUUGAACAGCUACGUUAAAAUCGAAGCUGGUCUUCACAGUGAUUGAAUACUUUAAGUGAUGUAUGUAUGUGUAAAAAUUGAAAAAAAAAAUUAUAAUAAUCUAGUGAAACUGACCAGUCAAGUGAUUUUCUUAGGUAUACGGCGCUUGUAUAACUGGUACUGUGUGAAGAAAUGAACAUGAAAUGUUCCAACAUAAUAAUAAUAUGUAAGUAAAAACAUGCCAUUUCUUUCUUUAUUUAUUCUAAUCGAGGACGGCCUUAUAAUUAAAAUUAUAACAUCUUUCAGAUUGCAUUUGAAAGAUUUUUGUAUGCCCAUGUAUUGCCACCAUUCUAAUUCUAUUUCACUAAUGGUGUCACAUGUCGAAACAUUUUAUAUAUAUGGUUUCCCUUAAUUAAUGGAUAAAACGCAAACGGUAGAUACACCACUGGUCCAUUGAAAUGUUACAUUUUUAGGCCUUACCUUGCGUUUUUUAGAGGACGCAAUUUUUUUUUUUGCUGUGUAGGGGAGGGUCAGUAUAAAGCUAAAACCAAGUUUAUGGGGUCGCCACCAUUGUCCCGCGGCCGCCAUCUUGAAAAUACGGGUUGAAAUGGUUUUUACGAUAUAUUUUGUAAACUAUUUAUCUGAUAAAAACAAAAUGUUAAUAUUUUUUUAGCAAAUUAAAUUCUCUACAACUUUGGUUCAGUAAUUUUUUGUCGUAGAACAAUAAAUAAAUAAGUUAUAAGCAAAAAUGUUCAGAAAUUUCAGAAAAAAAAUAUGUUUUUCGUAAAAUGAUAGAAAAAGUUAUAUCGAAAAAAAUAUUUUUUUUCUGGAAUUUAUGAACAUUUUUGCUUAUAACUUUUUUAUUUAUUUUUCUACGACAAAAAGUUACUGAACCAAAGUAGAAAAUUUAAUUAGCUAAAAAAAUAUUAACAAAUUUUUUUUAAAGAUAAAUAGUUUACGAGAUAUAUCGUAAAAACCAUUUCAACCCUUAUUUUCAAGAUGGCGGCGGCGGGACAAGGGUGACGACCCCACAAACUUGGUUUUAGCUUUACACUGACUCCCCUACACAGCAAAAAAAUAAUUUUGCGUCCUCUAAAAAACGCAACCCCAAAUGUAACUUUUCAAUGGACUACACCUAAUUAUUUAAAAGAUAUUAGUCAACUACCCUAUUCAUCUAGGCAUAUUCUAUGGGUACAAAUGUCUCGGCUGGUCGUAUCACUAUUUGUCGAACCUUUCUUUAUUUUUAUAAAAUCUUCAGAAUUGUAAAAGGCUUGUGAAGUAGGUUUACACAUAUUAUGAAAAGUAAAAAAUAUAUGAUUUAUGUGUAUAAAAAAAAUAUGACUCCUAAUUACAACUUGUUUGUGCACAACAAUAUUAUUACGAUUCGAUAAUAUAAUAUAGUAAUGAAUAAUUAAUUAAUUAUAGAAUUUGUAUUAUGUAAUAAUAUGAGUUAAUUUAAUAAUAAUAAUAUGGAUUAAUUCAAAUAGAUAUAUUAUUAAUAUCAAUUAAUCAAACUGAUGUCAAGUCAAAUAUUGAGAAAACUUAAUCUAAAUAUAUAUUCCUACUUUGUUUUUCGUGUAAAUAUACUUUAAUAUUAGGAAUAAUGUUAGGAGAUAGUAUAUUCAUUAGAUUUAGCUUUAAAUUGUGUGGUUUUUGUAUACAAUACCAAAAACUAGAAAAAAAUAGUUUAAAAUUUUCAUCAUUGUUGACCUUUAUUAUUGUGAAAUUAACUGUACUUGUACUGUAUAUACAUUAUAUUAUAGACUUUUGGGUCUAGAAUGAUGAUUGUCUAAAUGACCCAUAAUAGACUAUUAAAAUUAAUUAAUAUUAAUAACAUUAAGCAUAACUAAUUUAAUUUAAUUAAUUAUUAUUAGUAUGUAAAAAUUUAGAAAUCCAAUUUGGUAGUUCCAAACACAGUCUUGAGCUUUAUUUAAUUAGUAUAGAUUGUUUACAUUGCUAAUACAUAUUAUGUUAAUUGUGAAUUCCUCCUACUUUGAUAAUUAUUUAGAUAUUCUUUUUUAUGACAGCUUUGGCUUUGGUUGUAAUAGUAAAUUGACAAGGUAGAGGAAAGCGUGUUAUUAUAAUGAUAUACUAACAAAUAUUUAUCUGGUAAAAAUUAAUACAAAAGAAUGCUAGUAUGUAUUCUUAACUUUUCUAUAUAUGAUUUCCGGAUAUUAUUUUUAAUGGCAUCGAAAUAGGUUUACUGUUUAUUGACUAAUUUGUACAAGUACAGGGGAGUAUGACAUAAGAACCUGUAGACCAAUAAACCUUUGCUUAAGCUGAUAUCAGGCGAUGCACUCGAGUGAACAUUCACACAAAUGAAUGCUUCAUUUUUCUUUCAUUCCAUGUUUACACAACUUGAUGCGAAUGACAACGAAAAGAACAUUCAUCUGUUAUUUACUUUAAAAAUGUCAUCGGCUGAAGUUGUGCGUCUCGGAAUCCAUUUAAUUUGUGAUCAUUUAAUUCAGAACUAUCUGUUCGUAUAGUUUUUAUUUUAUGUUUGAUGUUUUCUUCAGCAGCGUACUUUGCUUAUUCCACUUGAACACAAUUUUGCUACUAUUUUUCCGACGUGCGUCUGCUACCGAGCUUGAGGCAAAAUGGCCGAAUCCAAGUGAACGUUCUCUCUGUGUGCAGACCGUUCAAUUUUUGUUUAUUCGGAGUUGGAGUGAAAGAUGCCGAAUGAUAAAAUCUAACAUCAUUGGAUCGGUUCAUUAAUAAAUUCAUUCGGCACUCGUGUUUCAUUUUGUGUUCAGACAUUUCAUUUCGAGUAAAGGGUACCGAAUGAAAGGCGAAAAUGAACCGUCUGAUAUCACCUUUAGUAACAACUUACUUGAUACUUAAAACAUUUAUUAUUUCCUCCUUCAGUGUGUUUGUUUGUAUAUAGAGAAGCAUGUUCUGUUACAAUUAACGCCAAACAUUCACAAAAGGGAAUAUGUACACGUUAAAAUUAAGAUUCAAGACGUACGUAGGCGCAUUUAGUUUUUGAUAAGGAUAUUUUUCUAGUGGUUAUAAGUAAAAAGAAAUGAUUCAAGAGUGCCUCAACGUAAUAGACACUGUCGAAAUAUAUAUAAAGAAAAAUUUAAUCUAUUCAUUUGUAAUGUCCGCCAACAUUUGAAUAAUUUAAUUGAAAUAAAUAAAUCAGAAAGU